AUCUUUUCUCACCCCUCAUAAUCAAAAUAUAUUUAGAAUGCUACCAUUUGAAACCAUUCAAGAAGCAAAAUUGUUCUUGGGAAGAAACUUGACUUAUGGAGAGAUCUUAUGGUUCGAAUAUUCGGCCCGAAAAUUCGAUUACUUUCUCUACUGCCACAACACGAUAUUUUUGUUCGUGUUCUACUCGUUAUUGCCGUUGCCGUACAUGGCGUUGGAGCUAGCACGGUCGACGAAAAUCGACCGGUUCAAGAUUCAGCCCAAAGUUAGCAACACAUUAAAUGAAAUGGUGAAGUGCUAUAAGAAAGUUAUGUUCACUUUUGUGUUUGCUGUUGUCCCUUUGCAAAUCUUCUCUUACCCUCUCGUUAAGAUGAUUGGAAUCCGAACAAGCUUACCGCUACCCACGGCGGCAGAGAUGGCGGCGCAGCUGGCGGUGUACUUUUUAGCUGAGGACUACGCCAACUAUUGGUUGCACCGGAUGCUCCACACUAAGUGGGGGUUCGACCACGUCCACUACCUACACCACGAGUACACCGCCCCGAUGGGGUUGGCGGCGCCGUACGCGCAUUGGUGCGAGAUUAUCGUUCUCGGCCUCGCCUCCUUUGUCGGGCCGGCGAUCGCCCCUGGCCAUAUGAUUACUUUCUGGUUGUGGAUGAUCCUUCGCCAAAUGGAGGCCAUCGACACCCAUAGCGGUUACGACUUCCCGUGGAACCCCUUAAAGCUCGUCCCCUUUUACGGCGGCGCCGACUUCCACGACUAUCACCACUUUGUCGGCCGGAGUUGCCAGAGCAACUUCGCCUCCAUUUUCACUUAUUGUGACUAUAUUUACGGCACUGAUAAGGGAUAUCGGUACCAAAAGGAGAUCACGAAAAAGAUUAGGAACAAAGACAAGGAACAGUGAAUUUCAAUUGCUUAAAAAAAUAUUCAAGAAAUCUGAAUAUGUAUUGAUUAUGUAGAAAAUAUUGCAAAUUUUAGGCAUAUUAUUAUGGUCAAUUAUUAAUUUUAUUAUAUAUGUAAUGCUCAUGGGUUAUGU